AUGUCGCGACAGUUGGAAGUGGUGGUGGUGGUGGUGGCGGCCCUGUGGCUGCUGGCGUCCGCCGCCUCAAUGGCCACAGCCGCCAAGGCGCCUAAAGAACCGCACAAGAACCCGACUUUGUUCUAUUUGGGCUGUGUCCUGAGCAACAACAAAUACGUCCAUCAUUUCUCAAACAUAAUAGAGAGGUUCAAUUUCAAUGACACUUCUGGAGGACUGACUGGGUUCAAACAUGCUGGAGUGACUCUGUACAAUGCCACCAUGCUGAUGAACCCAAACCCUAUCCUCACUGCUUUGCAGAUCUGCAAUGAGCUCAUUUCCAAACAGGUCUAUGCAAUUGUGGUGUCCCAUCCAGUGAUUGGGGAGCUGAGUCCAGCUGCAGUGUCUUACACAGCAGGGUUCUACCACAUACCAGUGAUUGGCAUCAGUUCUAGGGACUCUGCUUUCUCCGACAAGAACAUCCAUGUGUCUUUCCUGAGGACUGUGCCCCCAUACUCACACCAGGCUGAUGUGUGGGUGGAGCUGCUGCAAAGACUGGCCUACUCCCAGGUGGUGAUUAUUCAGAGCUCUGACACUGAUGGGAGAGCAAUUUUGGGCAGGUUCCAGUCUGUUGCACACAACUUGGAGGAUGAGACUGAUAUUGAGGCAGUGAUUGAGUAUGAAGCUGGUCACCCAAAUUUUGAAGACCACUUGAAAGAGGCUGGUAGUGCACAAUCCAGAGUCAUUCUACUUUAUGCCAGUAAGUCAGACUCAGAGAACAUCUUCAAGACUGCUGAGACCCUGGGCAUGACUAAAGAGCCCUACUGCUGGAUUGUCACAGAGCAGGCACUUGAGGCUGAUAAUGUACCAGUAGGUGCCCUGGGGUUGAAGUUGUUCAAUUCUACAAAUGAAGAAGCCCACAUCCAUGAUUCAUUGUAUGUCAUGGUGUCAGGCUUGAAGGAGAUGUAUGAGAGGGAAGAUAUUCAUCCAGCCCCCACAGACUGCAACAACACUGGGGAGGCCUGGAAAACUGGGGACACCUUCUUCAGGUAUAUUCAGAAACAGGAACUAGUCCAUGGCUACACUGGGAAGGUGGCCUUUGAUGAAAAUGGAGACAGGAAGAAUGCUGAAUAUGAUGUCAUCAAUGUCCAGGACAAGGGUGCCAAGGUGUCUGUGGGCAAAUACUCAUUUUCCCAGGCUCAUUGCUGCAGAGGCUACUGCAUGGACCUGCUGACUGAAUUGUCCAAGAGGAUCAAUUUCACUUUUGAACUGGCCCUGGGCACUGAUGGGUCCUUUGGGGCAUUUGAGUACAUGAACAAGACUGGUAAGAAGGAGUGGACAGGACUGAUUGGAGAACUUGUGAGUGAGAGGGCAGACAUGAUAGUGGCCCCACUCACCAUCAAUCCAGAGCGUGCACAAGUCAUUGACUUCUCAAAGCCCUUCAAAUACCAGGGGAUCACCAUCUUGGAGAAGAAGCAACCUCAAGCCCCAAGUCUGGUAUCCUUCUUGCAACCAUUUGAGAAUGCCCUCUGGAUCCUGGUGAUGGUGUCUGUCCAUGUGGUGGCCCUGGUGUUGUACCUUCUGGACAGGUUCUCUCCCUUUGGAAGGUUCAGGGAGACUGACAAACCUGGCACCCAAGAGGAUGCCCUCAACCUGUCCUCUGCCAUUUGGUUUGCCUGGGGUGUCCUGCUCAACUCUGGCAUUGGUGAAGGAACUCCAAGGAGCUUCUCAGGCAGAGUCCUGGGCAUGGUGUGGGCAGGAUUUGCCAUGAUCAUUGUGGCUUCUUACACUGCCAACCUGGCAGCAUUUUUGGUACUGGACCGUCCAAAGUCUUCCCUCUCAGGGAUCAAUGAUGCCAGGGUAACUUCCUUACUUAUUUGUUGUCCAGAUGUCACUCUAUUGAGUUUGGGCAGUGUUGAUCUUAAUUUUGUAAAGAUGGAUGAAACAAAUUUUCCUGGGGGAAUACCAAUGCUGAGGAACCCCAUGGAGAAUUUCACAUAUGCAACUGUGAGAGCCAGUGCAGUUGACAUGUACUUCAGGAGACAAGUUGAGCUGUCCAACAUGUACAGGACCAUGGAGGAAAAGAACUUUGCUAAUGCUGAGGAUGCCAUUGCUGCUGUCAAAGCUGGGGACUUGAAUGCCUUCAUCUGGGACAGCUCAAGGCUGGAGUAUGAAGCUGCCAAAGACUGUGAUUUGGUGACUGCUGGGGAAUUGUUUGGUCGCUCUGGCUAUGGAAUUGGCCUGCAAAAGGGAUCUCCAUGGACUGACAGGGUCACCCUUGCCAUUCUAGACUUCCAUGAACGUGAG